CCUCAACGUCCUCGACGUCAACAACCUCAACCAAACGUUGUAAACAAUACUAAUCUACGACCUACGUAUUUGUUUACUAGACGCGUCGCACAUACUGAUUAUAAAGCUGGUUGGUCUCUGAAACCUAAUCUAUCUUAUCAGCUGAAUUGUGUGUCGAUGGGCAACCUGCAGAAGAUGGAAGAUUAUGGACCUAAUGUGAAUGGGUUUGUUAAAAAAUGUUCGGCUGGGAUCCUAAGUCAAUAUGAACCAGAUUGCAGACGGCAGGUAGCCUGCUUGAACGAGUUUUUAGCUAAACAAAACCAGCUGUUGAGUACUAUUGAUUCCGAACUGGGAAAGUUUAGUGCUUUGGACAAUCUACAAUUAGAUGAUAUGAUGUCAAUAAUUAGGACUUGCAAACAUCGCUUACAAAACAUCAAGGAACGAAUGCGAAAAGCUAGCAUAAAAACCUCCAAACUAAAGGCAAGGAGUUUGAAAAUUCAACAAAUAAAGCAGAAAGAGGCCUUGGAUCGGGAGCUGAAGCGCGAAGCUCAACUGACAAGAGAACAGGAAAUGGUCUCAAAAUCCCCCUCCUUCACUAACUACUGUCCAGAGAAUACGUCCAAAGCUCUCCCUCCGAAACCACCGUCAGUUCAUUCUUUGUGACAGUUGUAAACCAGGACAUUAAAUUGUUUUCCUACAGUUACCUAACAAUAUACAUGUUCUCUCACUGAUUUGAGAAAGCUAAGUGGCCAAUUCGCUCACCAGUGAGACUUAACAUUGUCUCACUCCAGAUUUGCAACGUGAAGGCACGAAAUAGUGAGCGUGUAACAUGCAGACAAGGUCGUAUGCGCGCGAAAUACGUUGGCAGCACUGGCUGUAUAUCAGCUGGUCAGCUGUUGUAUCAUGAAAUAUCAUAUUAAAAGUUCACUUCUGUGUUAAAAUAUGUUAUGUUUCUUUACCAAUUUAUUUGUUUUGUGGUAACUGUAGGAAAAAUGUAAUGUGCAAUUCGAGUGCAAAGUGCAAUUGCCUCACUCGAGAAACCAUUCCUCACUCGCCUACGGCGAGUAUUUCUCUCGAGUGAGUCAAUUGGUUACUUUGCUCACUAGUUGCACAAAUAACUAUUAGUUACGUUUACUGCAAAUGUAAUGGUUCUAAAUGUUAUGUUUUGGGAAUACUAUAACAGCUGUUUUACUCGUGUACGUAGUUCGUUGUACAUUUAUGGCCAGCAGUUUGAGAUUGAAGGUUUUAUUUUACUGUAUUAUGGAGGAAGACUCAAUAGUGCUGUCAUAUGAUAAAAUGUUUAUAGAACAAUUAAAUCACAAAAAUUGUUUAGUUUUCAAUCAAUAUUUUACAUAACAGCCUAAAUCCUGAUGAGCUUAAUACAUUUUCUACUACUAAUUAACGAAUCUAGGAAAUGUAAUCAAUAUACAUAAAAUAUAUUUCAGGGUGCUGUGGUGCUGAUCUUACUAACAUUCAUGUAAAUAUGUAUCCUUGAAUUAAAUAUAGUGCACUUCUAACAAUUAAGAGGUUUGUACUAUUAACUUAAAGGAAUAUAUUUAAAAACAUGGACGAUGAUGUGAUAAAAUGCACUUUAAAAAGUUAUAUACUUGGUACGCUUUGCCUUCUUUUUGGGGAAUCGAUAAAAUUUUAACAUUAUCAUCUACAGUACUUGAUAAUUUAACUUGGAGGCUGGUAGGCCUAAUUUAGGAAAAGAAAAACAUACAGUAACCACCAACAGUGCUUUGUGUUGUGUCAGUUGGCUAACCUGUCGGAUAUUUUUAUUUCAAACUGACAAUUUCAUAUUAAAGUAUUAUUAUGAAACUGUACGAUAAAUAAUUUUACACAAUCACAUUAUCAUUUUACGACGGCGCUAAAGGGCCAUAUUUUUACGCAAAUUUGUGUUUUAUACACAAAAUUUUGAAUUUUAAACUUGAAAUUUUGACUUUUAAACACAAAAUUUCAACUUUUAAACACAAAAUUUAUGUCAUUGGUGGAGGGGAUUGAUGACAGCUGUACUAUUCAUAUCACGAGGUGCUAGGUGUUGGAGUUGGAGAAGCUUACGCAUUGUCGUAUAAUGGAUGAAGGUCACAUAGAACGCCUUAUCCAAGAUUAUUUUUGAUCAGGGCUUCAUAAUGCAGAGAUUUUAGCUAUUUUACUCUCAAAAAAUAAUAUUUAAAUAAGUGAGACACAGUUGAAACGGAAACUGUCAGGGUUGGGACUUGACUAAAUGGAAGACGAAACUAUUCAGAUCUUCAAGCAGUUUCUUCCUUUAUUCAAAACGAAGUGAGGGGAUCUGCAUCUGGACGGCUCCAUGACUAUAAAUGGAUGCAUUUAAAUGCAUUCAAGCUGGAUAUAUCAUACAACCAUAAAUUAAACAUACUCGUUAAUGUUAAUCUAUGCUACAACGAACAUAACUCCAGUCCAACUCCCAAUGCAAUGAGGAACUGAGGAAGACCCGCGUUUCCCCUUCCCCUGCAGAUUUUGUGUUGAAAUAUCAAAAUUUCGAGUUAAAAAAAGUCUAAAUAUCGUAUUUAAAAGUCAAAAUUUGGAGUUUAAAAGUCAAAAUUUUGUGUUUAAACACGAAGUUGCGUAAAAAUAUUUCUUUCUCUAUGGCCCUUCAGCGCCGUCGUAUCAUUUUCACUUUUGAUAAGACUGAAGAAAGAUUGUAAAUAGUACCACAUGAAAAUCCGUUGACCGAAGUGGAGCUAUACCUAAUGUGCCUUUGUUUUACAAGGAUUUCAAACUGUUAAUCCUGAUACUAUUAAGGUUGAUAAAUUAUAAUGGUUUUAUUAUGUUGGUUUAUUAAAAAAUUAAAUAAAUUAUGUUUCCA